AUGAACAGCCACGUCACUACGGAGUCAAAGUCGCACUUCGAUGUGAUUAUCGUUGGUGCAGGAAUAUCCGGCAUCAACUCCGCCUAUCACAUCCAAGACCAGCUGCCUGGCUUCAGCUAUGCGAUUCUCGAAGCUCGCGAGGACCUAGGUGGUACUUGGGACUUGUUCCGCUACCCCGGCAUUCGCUCAGAUUCGGAUCUAUUCACCUUCGGCUUCGCCUUCAAUCCCUGGAACCACAGUAACCCUAUCGCAGACGGCCCCGCGAUCAAGCAAUACAUGCGCGAAACUGCCCAGAAGUAUGGUAUCGACGAGCACAUCCUGCUCCGCCACCAUCUAUCGUCUGCCAAUUGGUCCAAGGCUGACAACACCUGGUCACUGACCAUCGAUGCGGACGGUACGCUCAAGACCAUAACCGCGCGCUUCAUAAUCUUCGGCACCGGCUAUUACGACUACAAAGAGCCCCUCAAGGCCGAUAUCCCCGGUCUGGAUAACUUUCAGGGCCAAAUUGUUCAUCCGCAAUUCUGGCCCGAGGACCUUGACUACAAGAACAAGAAGGUCGUCAUCAUCGGUAGUGGUGCCACUGCGAUCACACUCCUACCAAAUAUGGCGAAGGAGGCGGCGAAUGUGACAAUGCUACAGCGCAGUCCGACCUGGAUUCAGUCGAUUCCUAACGGAACCACUAACCGUAGGUUAUCCUACCUGCUGCCAACAAGUCUUUACCACAGACUACAACGCGUCAUCUGGAUCCAAAGACAGCGUAUCUUCUUCCUCUUCUGUCAGUGCUUUCCCUCCCUCUCGGCCUGGUACCUAAAGUUGGGCGUCAAAUGGCAUCUCCCUAGCCACAUCGACUUCGACCCGCACUUUAAGCCCCGAUACGACCCUUGGGACCAGCGACUAUGCGUCUGCCCGGAUGGCGACUUCUUCGACAGCCUACGCAGUGGCAAGGCUAACAUCUGCACCGACACCAUAAAAACCGUCACUAAGAAGGGAAUCACCCUCAACUCGGGUGAGACGCUCGACGCGGACAUCAUCAUCACAGCAACCGGACUCAAGCUACAGAUCGCCGGUGGCGUCGCGCUAACAGUGGACGGGCAGAAGUUCGACAUUAGCUCCAAGUAUAUGUGGAACGGAGUCAUGCUGCAGGAUCUCCCCAACGCGGCCUUCGUGAUCGGAUACACCAACGCUUCGUGGACACUGGGUGCUGAAGCCACCGCAAAAUGCAUCACUCGCCUUAUCAAGAUGCUCGAGUCGCGCAAGUUUGUUGCUGCCAUCCCAAGUGUGAAGGACCAGGAGGCUUCGCUCCUCCAGGAGCGCCCGAUGGUGCAACUCAAAUCGACGUACAUUAUCGACGGGCCCCGUGUGUUCCCUCGCGCAGCGGAUCGGGGUCCUUGGCAGCCGCGUGAUCACUAUGGUAAGGAUAUUCGCUUCGCGACGAAGGGGAACCUUGAUGAUGGGCUCGAGCUCGUGCAGGGCCCCAGUCUGCGUUUGCGAAAGAAGCUGGCUUGA